AAUUUCUAUCAAGCUAAGGAGUACCACUACUCAGCUACUUGAGCUUGGUAGUCUGCAAAUUUCAAGUUAGAGUGGCUUUGAUUGUACACUGCGAGUAUGGAUGCUAACCGAUUUUUCAGGAGAUAUUCAUCAUAACUAAGCCAAGAAUUGUUCAUUGUUGUAUUAAGAUGCACAAUUCAGCAAUUGAUGGAAUGAGCAAUGAGGUACUGUGAUUGCUAAUGAGAAGCAAGACAAGUGCCGUGCCCCACAUGUCUAUAUUCGUGUAUUCUUACAAGUGAAGAUGAAAGUGUCAAAGAAAGGAUCCAACCUUGACAAGACCAAGAUUUGCAGCAAACCCGAUAUAAGCUAUGAAGCCAAGAUCAAAAUACGAAAGAUCCCCAGCCAAAAUGUUGUACAUCGGUUACGGUUCAGAGAAAUUUAUCGUCCGAAAUAUUUGUCACAUUUCUCUCUCACAAGAUCAUUUCAUCAGAAUGUCUUUCCAAACUUCACCAUUGUUAAUGUGGAGAAGCCACCUUGUUUUUUGCGCAAGUUCUCUCCGGAUGGACGCUAUUUCAUAGCCUUUUCCUCGGAUCAGACUUCUCUUGAGAUAUAUAGGUUUGAAGGACCAGCUGCGGCUGGUGACCUGCUGCAGAAUCUUCACUCGAGCAAACCAGAUGUGGCAGAUGCAGAAGCACAUAAUGUCCGUGGUCAGCUCUUUGAACGAUUCUUUGUACUGUGGCACACUGUAAACAUAGCUCCAAAUGGUGAACACCUAAACAGAGAAUGCAGUUUGUUCACCGAUGAUGGCAGGUAUGUCAUUGUAGGAUCAGCUGUCUAUGUCCCAGAUGAACCCUAUCCUCACUUUUAUGACAUGUAUAGAAAUAAUGAGUCUGUAUCACCAACUCACCGAUCUCCUCUUGAAGAUUACUCCCUUCAUCUGAUAGACUUGCAGAUGGGUGUCUUAUGUGAUACUCGGACAUUCAAGUGUGACAAGAUCUUCCUGUCCCACAAUCAGGGGCUCUAUCUCUACAAAAACAUUCUAGCUGUUCUGUCUGUGCAGCAGCAAACCAUUCAUAUCUUUCAAGUGACUGCAGAUGGUAGGUUCCUGGAUGUAAGGACUAUUGGAAGGUUUUGUCAUGAGGAUGAUGCCUUGGCUAUAUCCAUCUUGCGAUAUGAAAUGCCCUCCUCAAACUCUAGCCAAAAUGAACGACCUUUCCGUGACGCUUGCAUCAACUCCUUGAAGCACAGGCUGCUUGUGUACCUUUGGAAGCGUGCUCACAGAGAAGGGACACCCAUUGCCAUGAGGCACUUCUAUCAACACUUUGAUAUCUUCAGGUGGUUACGGAUGUGGAAGAUGCAAUUGCUUGAUGAAGUACACCUUCUGAUUAAGUAUGCCAGUGAGGAUGUGGUGACAUUACGGAUGACUGAUCCAACUUCCCAACCAUCUUUCUUUGUUGUCUACAACAUGGUCACAACUGAAGUUGUUUCUGUCUUUGAGAAUACUUCUGAAGAGCUCCUGGAGUUGCUGGAAAACUUUUGUGACCUCUUCCGAAAUGCCACACUUCAUGCUCACACCCAAUUGACCUGCUCAGCAUCAAGCAAUGUUUAUGCUAGACAGAUACAGAGGAGAUUCAAGCACACAAUCAUCAAUGCCAAAUAUGGAGGGCACAUGGAAGCUGUCAAAAGACUUCUUGCUCAGUUGCCAAUCAGUUCUCAGUCCUACAGUAGCAGCCCGUACUUGGACCUGUCCCUUUUCAGCUAUGAUGAUAAGUGGGUGUCAGUGAUGGAGAGACCUAAAGCAUGUGGGGACUACCCUAUCAGGUUCUAUGCUAGAGAUUCAGGCAUCUUGAAGUUCAAGAUCCAUGCCGGCCUCGUAGGACGUCCUUCCCCUCCAUCAGCUCGUCGACUAGUGGCCUUCACCUUCCAUCCGUAUGAACCUUUCGCUAUCUCCGUUCAGAGGACAAACACAGAGUAUGUGGUCAACUUCCAUGUGCGUCACCAACCAGCAGACUGAGGAUUGUUACAAUUUUGUUCAUGGACAAAUCUUUUGGAAAGGGGAAGUGACAUUUGAACUGUUGGAACCGACUAGUCCCUGUGUGGAGCCUAAAUGGACAUUUACAGAAUUUAUUAAUCAACAGGUUCAUUUGAUUUUAGUAACUUUGUGAGAGCUUGAUUAGUUUGUUAAAGUGUAAUAUCUGGCACAUCAAAUUUUGUUCAUACAUUGAAAAAAAAAACUUUAGGACUUGUUUAGCAAACUUGACAAAUUCCUGUCAAGGGGAAGUCCUUGUUGGAUUUAUAAUGUUUAUAUAAAACAAAACAAACACACAAGCAUGUCAGACUUUUAUCUUGAAGAAAAAUGUAUUACAAAAGAGUAUUUUAGGAAAAUCCAACAGCAUUCAAAAUAUGAUGUAUGAGUUCAUGAAACUGAUCACAAAUUUGCAAUUCUGACUUUUAAAAUUACUUUGAGUGAAAUCAAAGUCUUUGUUACAAGUGAUUAUGCAUUUUUCAUGCGAGUGCAUCACAGCUGUAAUCAACUCUUAAGUGAAUUCUUAUGUUCUGUACAUCUUGCAUAUUAUGGUCACAUCCAGCUGUACAACUCUCUGAAUCUAUAUAGAAUCUCUACCACCCUACUCUUUAGCAUGGUACAACUAUUUUAAUUCUGUGUAGUCUGGAAGUAAAUGCAUACCCCCUGCUUGCAAUGCACAAUGGAUUUGCAACCUACUUGCUGCAAGACUUGGCUCUAUUUCCAAGGUGACCUAUUUAAAGUGAAAUGAAACCUUUGGAACAAGUGUCGAAACAGAAAAAUAAAAGAAUAAGAGCAAACGAAAGUUU